UUGUUACCAUGUACCAUUCUAGAGAGGAGCCCCCAGAUGAUGAGUUUGCAGGCAUAUUACAGCAGAUAGCUGACGAUCUUUACGAUGAAGCCAAGAUCGACAGCCUUGCUGGUCAGCUGGGAAUCCUACAAGGUGAUAUACAGAGAGCGCUCAUGACCAAUAUGAGGUUCAACCGUAUUACCAGUGAUGGAACUCGCCAUAUACUGAAACAAUGGAGAAGAGGUGUGUCCAGGGAAGAUGAGCGGAUUGAGCUAACGAAGGCACUGCACGCUGCCAAGUUGGUCAACCUUGUAGACCUGUAUCUCAGCGAAGGUGUAGCAGAAGAACAGAUCGAUUCGGAAUGUGCCAACGAAGACGACAAUGAUCAGCAACUCUCUAAUAGAGAUGACACCUCUCUAGAACAGGACCGGACCAAAGGACACACUGACAUACAGGUACUUCAGGAAGCUACAGCAAGCAGUUACAACACUCCUCUAGAUGGGCAUACAGGAGACACGGCUUCCAAAACCCAGGAGGACUCGACAAAUGGAAGUAGAAGUCAACAUCUUGACCAAUCGCCGGAUAACAGCCAUGUAGGUGGAAUCAUAAGUAAUGAAGAAGAUCUGAUUUCUCAACUCGUUCUUAUUGAUACAUUCCCGGAGAAAAUAUUGCUUCUGUUCCUCGUAAAGAUAAUAAUGGAUGUUUCCCAGAAAGCACUCAGUUUUUAAGAAUCCCCAGAGAAUCUUCAUCAAGUCAAGUUACUUGCUUCCUCUAAAUAGAAAACAAUGCCUAAUACUUAUAUUAUUUUAGCUUGCGACGUUUCAGGAGCCCGUUUGAUAAAACUGUUUAUCUAUAACAAAUG